GUCUUUCUAAAUUUUUACCUUUUCUCACUCUCAAGCGCAUACAUAAUCAUUAGUUUACGUCGUGCAUAGAGCAUACAUACCACACCUUCUAUCUCUUCUUCCUAUCGCUCCCUCUUUUUCUCUUCCCGCCCACCUCACUGUGUACCUUAACAACAAACCGAACAAAGAAACGAGAUGGACGGGGAAUGUACAAUGCUGCAGUGGUCAGCGGUGGAAUUUCACAAUGGGCGACUUUUGCCUUUCGACAUUGUCAAAAACAUUUUCAGCAACAUUGGUCAAUCGGAUUGUUUGGAGUGCAUGCUGGUGUGCAAAGCCUGGUACGCAGCAGUUCCACAAUAUGCGAGCCUAAUUUGGGAAACUGUUAACUUUUCCAAGUCCAAGGUGGACUGCGACCGAUUUUGGAUGUGCCUGGGCCCACAUGUACGCCGCGUAGUUGUGACGGACGACGUGAUCACUAUGCUAGACAAGCUUAUCCAACUUGAUUGCUGCUAUAUUGAAUCCAUCAAGUUUAACCGGAUCAAAAGUGUAACAGUGGCUGGAUCACCAGUGCAAGACAUGCAGCGUUUUAUCGAGGCGUUACGUCGACUGUCGUCGCCACGCGAGCUUGAUUUUCACAAAGUCAACUGCCACAUUUCUGCCCCGGAAAUCCUUAGCGCGUGCCCUAAACUUACUCAACUCAGCUGCACAUACAGCAAAGUUUUUCGACAAACGGAAGAGGGAUUCGAACGCUACGACCUUCCCAGAAUAAUGACCAUGAACAGUGCUCCCGCUCUAAAGUGUCCGCUGUUUCCCCAAAUCACAAGUCUGUGUCUCGAUGUACGUAUGAACGAAAUCAUGAGCAUACUAAAACAUUGUCCGAACCUCUCAGGUUUGCAUUUGUGGCUUCAAUGGCCCGGUCUGCUCAACCAUAAUAUCAACAUUAUCAACCUCGAUCAUGUCUUUAAGCUGUGCCCACAGCUUGACCAGUUGCUGUGCUACUGGCCCGACAAAGAAAAACCAUCCCGAUACCAUUGGAAGCAUAUACCCGCCAAUACCACUUCUUCCGCCGCUGCUGGUCAAGGCAACGAUACAGUCAUUGGUAGCAACAGUAAGAAAAAGACAACCAAACUCCGUGCAUUCUCUAGCAGCGUGGCACUUGGCCACGGAUCUAGAGAAGUUGUCAGAAUCAUCCGCCGAUACCAACACACUUUGGAGAGCAUCGAUAUCGACAACUACGACUUGAAUGACGUCGACCAACUGUUUACACCCACGGAUAGUACCUGGAAUCAACUCGCCAAUAUGCAUACCAACCAGCUCGCUCGAUUAAUGACAAGUAAUCUCCCUUGGCAGCAUAAAACCUUAUCAACGUUUCUCGCUCGAUGCCCCAUAUUAAGCGAUUUGACCUUACAGCAUCUGGAUCCUCAAAUUCUGGAGAACCAGCGUGACCUGCGGGACGCAUUCAGUGUUUUGACUAGUCUACGUAGUUUUGAACUUACACUGAACUCCAAAGUGCUUGGCCAAAGAACGACUGAACAGCUGUGUAAGCUCCUGCAGGUCAUCAGCAGCACGGCGCCAGGUUUAGAGCAGCUGUGUGUGUCUGGAUUCCAUGUAUUGAAAGAUUACCUGCUUUCCGUGGCCGCCAGCAAUCAAAAUUUGCGCGUGCUCAGACUUGGUAGCGGCGACCCAUAUCGACGUAAAAACAGACCCACAACGAAAAAGGCUAUAGAAGAAUUCGCACAAAACUUGAGCCCGCAUAUUCGUCACUUGGAGUUGACCAAUCUCAAGUUGAUAACACGGGCUUUUUUCGAACAACUUGCUGAGCGAGUGGAAUUGACUACACUGACGCUCAAUUGCUGUGGUCAGGCAGACGAUAUGGGCUUACGACAAUUAUUGACACGUAAAGCAGGCUCUCUACAUUCACUGCGCAUGGAUUCGUCUCACAUCGAACAUCGUCGCGAUCUUAUCAACCAUUGCAAGACCCUACUUCACUACAAUGUUCGAGAGAACAAAAAUCAGCUAUAUGUGAGCCGCUCUCUGGAUUAGAUUGUUACGCUUUCGAUACCAAAUAUGCUUCUUGUAUAUUCUCUCUCCUCCUCCAAAAAUGGAACCUUAUUCAUCUCCUUUCCCCCCUUUGAGUAUACUCUUUAGCAUUUUGCAUAUUACACACAUAUUUGCAUUCAAAGAAAAUAUUUGCACAAUAAGAUGCUGC